AUUUGUGUGCGGAGGCUGCGCCGAACAGUCGGAUAUUAUUGGAGAUUACGGAAAGUUGAAUCAGUCCAGGAUGGAGAAUUCCGAGAGACAAACUCAGUCAGGGAGUCUGGCAUUCUUUACUGUAUUGAUCCUGGUCAUACAAGUGCUUGGAUUAACUGCAGUUAUCCUGGUGGCAGUGUGGAUGGGGUCCUUCCGAGGGGGCUUUGCCUGGCAAUCCGAUCCCAUCCAUGAGUUUAAUUAUCACCCAGUUUUCAUGGUGACUGGCAUGAUAUUCCUGUAUUCUGAUGCCAUUUUGACUUACCGAGUGUUCCGAAAUGUGAAGAAGACUUAUCUGAAGGCAAUACAUGGGAUAGUCCAGGCUUUGGUGCUGAUAUUCACGGGGGUGGGACUGAAGGCGGUGUUUGAUUCUCACAAUCUGGCAAAACCUCCGAUCCCGAACCUCUACAGUCUCCAUAGCUGGAUAGGACUCAUCACAGUCAUCUUGUUUGGACUCCAGUGGGUAUGUGGCCUGAUUUCUUUUGUCUUCCCCCUGCUAAGUAUGGGAGGCCGCCAGACUUAUAUGCCUCACCAUGUGUUCUGGGGACUGGCCAUUCUGUGUCUGGCCGGGGCUAGUGCAGUGACCGGUAUUACAGAGAAAGCUCUCUUCACAGACUUCUUCUCUCACUUUAAGUAUUCUGCUUUUCCCACUGAGACUUACGUCAUCAAUUUCCUGGGGCUGACCAUCGUGUCUCUCAUUGCCCUGGUGGUCUACGUAGUGACCCGCCCAGAGUACAAACGCCAGCCAUCUCCAGAAGAGGAACACAUUCAACUGGUGCAGUAAAGUAGUAAACUCAACUAGUUCCCUGUAUAUGCAGGAAACUCAACUAGUUCCCUGUUCCUAUAGUAACCAGCAGUUAACUGCCCUUGAAGAUAUAAAUAUUUAUUGAAACAUCGGUGUUGUGUGUAAACUAUAUCUGUGAUGCAUUUGCUCAGUAUUUUUGUGCUUUUUUUUCUUUGAAAAUAUAUUGAAAGAAGACAGUUGAAGGUGAUCAUUUAAUUAACAAAACUCAUUCAAGUGCAAUAUUUUGGGUAGGGGGUACUUUAAAUUGUUCUUGUUAGAUAGUAACAAUUAAUGUUAAACCUGUGUCAGUUUAAAGUCUGAAGUUACAUCAAUACAUGGAAGUGACUUUGUUAUUGAUAUCCUGUUAUUUGUUGGGUAUAAACUUCAUAUGUUUUUUUCAUUUUAUGAUCUAGACUGGCUAUAUAAUGUGGAAUUAUCCUUGUUCAUGGGGGAUCAAUUUCUCAUUGAUUUCAUGGGGUCACUCUUAACCACGAAUUGAUAUUCUCUUCAACCAAUGUAAUUUCAUCAAUGAAUCUUCUGUAUA